AUGGCAUCAGCUCUGAACUUUGCACCACACCUAACACCGUAUAACACCACACGUCCCUACACUCUUAAGAUUAAUCUGUCCGGCUUCUAUAGUGUGCAACAUUUCGACUUUUUCGGCGAGUCACAGACGCUUCGGUGGAAUGUGCACCAUCAAAAGAUUCGAUCGGUCGAUAUGGAACACCAAAUAAGCAAUGGUGAAGCACGUCAAACGGCAUUCGGAAGAAGUAAAUCACGCUCGAUAGAUGAAUUGAUCACACUACAUAGGUUGUGCUGGCUUGGCCAUGUGCUCCGUAAGCCAGUCGAUCGACUUUCUCGAAGGGACCAUUUCGCACAACUGCGCAAAAGACAUGGCUUAGUAGGGCCCUCAGUAGCGCUCGUGCAUCCAAGCUAUUACUUUCAAUGCAUAGCUCCCGUCCCAACCCAACCCCCCGCACUUAACAGUCCACUGACAGUGCUGUAUUUACGCACCAACUUAUCGGCUUCCGCCUACAAUGCGUGGCUACUUACCGCACCUUCCCAACUCAUUGGUGAACGAAACUGUGGCAGCUGCAACCACUGUACGACAAGUAGGUGGCUCUUACGGCUGAUGAUUAUGAUGAUGAUGAUGACUAUGGGUGGACGGAGAGACAACCAUUAUCUA